AUGAUCUCAUUCGACCUUAAAGGUUUCUACGAUCCUCCCGACGAUCCUCCCAAGGUGACAGUACAACCGGACGGAGUCAGCGAAGAUCAAAUUCGAGAUUUUCCGGCAUUCAAUAUUUGGUGCGGUACACUCAGGCGGUCACUCUACGAGCAGAGCACGAUAGAAGACCAUCCAUUUUACGACUCGCCCUUUAAACUCAAGUCUAUCACCAUCCAAUCCGUUGACAUUUUCAGGAACGGCCAAAUUGGCUUUCUAAAAUUGAACGCAGAGAUCAAAAACGAAAGGGGCCAGGAGCUUCCGGGGAUUUGUUUUCUUCGCGGCGGGAGUGUUGGUAUCCUCAUGAUUCUCACGCCAAGGGAUGCCAUCGACGAGAAAUGGGUCAUCAUGACCUCGCAGCCACGCGUGCCCGCGGGAACUCUUACAUUCGUGGAGAUCCCUGCCGGCAUGUUGGACUACCACAGAGGGACAUUUGCGGGCAAAGCAGCUUUGGAGAUAGAGGAAGAAACCGGCCUCUCGAUUCCAACAGGGGAGCUUAGAGACUUGACACAACUUGCUCUCGAGGGUUCCGAGAUAGAAGAGCACAAACAACUCAAGCCCGCAAUGUACCCAAGCCCAGGCGGCUGCGAUGAAUACAUCGCGUUGAUGCUCUGGGAGAAGGAAAUGGACAGGCAGGAAAUCGAGGACUUGAAAGGAAGGCUGACAGGCUUGAGGACCCAGGGAGAGUUGAUCACGUUAAAGCUGCUCCCUUAUGCCGAGCUUUGGAGAGAAGGUGCUAGGGAUGCGAAGACGCUGGCUGCCUGGGCCUUGUACGAAGGUUUGAAGAGGGCUGGAAAACUCUGA